UCCAAUCACAGGCCCGCCUCCAGCCAUUUUGUCGGUCGAUACUAGUUUGUAGAUGGGGGAAUUCUGCUGGCCGCUGGCUGGAACCUGUUGCUCCGUAGUUCCGUGUUGUGCAAUGGACGGCAGUGUCCACCACGAUAUAACAGUUGGUACUAAGAGAGGAUCUGAAGAGCUUUUCUCCAGCGUCUCCAACGGCCCGUAUAUCAUGAACACCACAGCCAAUGGCAACGACACCAAGAAGUUCAAAGGUGACUUAAGAGGUCCCAGCCUGCCAUCGCGGGUCAUCCACAUUCGCAAGCUUCCCAGCGACAUCACAGAGGCCGAGGUGAUCAGCCUUGGCUUGCCGUUCGGGGACGUCACCAACCUGCUAUUGCUGAAAGCCAAAAACCAGGCCUUCUUGGAAAUGAACUCAGAGGAAGCAGCUCAGAACAUGGUGGGGUAUUACUCCACAGUGAUGCCUGUCAUCAGACACCAACCGGUCUACGUUCAGUUCUCCAACCACAAGGAGUUAAAAACCGACAACUCCCCCAACCAGGAGAGGGCCCAAGCUGCUCUGAGGGCCCUCAGCUCCUCCCAUGUGGACACCCCCAUGGUCGCUCCAAGCACUGUGCUGAGGGUGGUGGUGGAGAACCUGCUGUACCCGGUCACAUUGGACGCUCUCUGUCAGAUCUUCUCAAAGUUUGGCACCGUGCUGAGGAUCAUCAUUUUCACUAAGAACAAUCAGUUCCAGGCCCUGCUGCAGUAUUCAGACGGAACAUCGGUCCAGGCUGCCAAACUGUCUUUGGAUGGACAGAACAUCUACAAUGGUUGCUGCACCCUGAGGAUCAGCUUCUCCAAACUCAACAGCCUCAACAUCAAAUACAACAAUGAGAAGAGCCGAGACUUCACCAGGCCUGACCUGCCCUCCGGAGACAGCCAGCCCUCCUUGGAGCAUUCGGCCAUGGCUGCAGCCUUCACUCCAGGGAUCAUCUCGGCGGCACCGUACGCCGGAGCAACUCAUGCUUUUCCGCCGGCUUUCGCAAUCCAGCCGACAAUGUCCUCCCAUUACCCAGGCCUGACGGUUCCCACUCUCCCCGGAGCACUGGCCGCUCUGACCCUCCCCGCCAGCGCCAGGCUGGGGUUCCAUGCCAUCCCUGCCGGACACUCGGUCCUGCUGGUCAGCAACCUGAACCCGGAGAGAGUUACGCCCCACUGCCUCUUUAUUCUCUUCGGUGUUUAUGGAGACGUAAUGAGAGUGAAGAUCCUGUUCAACAAGAAGGAAAACGCUCUGGUCCAGAUGAGCGACAGUACUCAGGCUCAGCUAGCCAUGAGCCACCUGAACGGCCAGAGGCUGCACGGAAAGCCUCUUCGGAUCACGCUGUCCAAACACACCAGUGUCCAGCUUCCUCGUGAAGACCACGAGGACCAGGGCCUGACCAAAGACUACAGCAGCUCCCCCUUACACCGCUUCAAGAAGCCUGGUUCCAAAAACUAUUCCAACAUCUUCCCACCUUCUGCCACCCUGCACCUCUCCAACAUCCCCCCUUCUGUGGUUGAAGAUGAUCUGAAGAUGCUGUUUUCCAGCUCUGGAGCCAUUGUCAAAGCCUUCAAGUUCUUCCAGAAGGACCAUAAGAUGGCUUUGAUCCAGAUGGGUUCGGUCGAAGAAGCCAUCGACUGUCUGAUCACGUUCCACAACCACGACUUGGGAGAGAACCACCACCUGCGGGUCUCCUUUUCCAAGUCCUCCAUCUGAGCCUCUGACUCUGCGAGCCGGAUCCUCUUCGAUGGUGUCCACUACACUCCAAUCAUUCCAAUGCACAUGUGCAGAAACUCGUGAAGUCUGCUGUGAUGUUAAAUUAUUCUUCUUUUUUAACCUUUUUAGAGUCUUUACCUUCACAGAAAGGUAGGAAUAUCCCAUAAAUACUAAACUUCAGAGAUUGUGCUCUGAAGGUCUGUAAUUAUUCUCUAAAAUCAGAGAAAAGUCAGUAUUCUGAGUUUUAACUGUUUGAUACAAAGUCAGAUUUGUUUAUCAGAAUUUAAUGUCCUUCUUGUUGUGAAGUUAGCAUGUUUUUAGCCUCCUUUGCCUUUUGACAUUAGCCCCAUGUUCAAGGGACUAAAGUCAGCCUUUCCAAAUGACCAUGGGCUCUGACUAAAAUGUUAUAAACUGACCUUAACUCAGAAUGAUCACUUUAAUGUCUGAUUCUUGUUCUGACCUGAUAAAAAGAUUUACGCUGGUAAACAACGAGCCCUGACGGUGUUUGGGAAGUCGUAGCUCGGCCUUCUGUCAGAUUUCAUACAGGCAUCCUUCAGAGAGGCCUGCUUUGACCUUAAAAUGAUCCCUGUGCCUUAUUCUGACCUAAACCCAAACAAACAAAGCCUCUGUUAAUUGACAAGCAGGUUUACAGUUGAUAAAGGUUUACUGUUGAGAUGUAUUACAGAUAUAUUCAUAUUUUUGUGUAUUUUAUUGGUGUUGUCAGUGCUUUAUGUUAGUGUUUUGUAAUGUUGGUUACUGUAGCAUCAAACAUGUGAACUGAGUGUGUUUUAGCAGCUUCGUUAGGUUGAUGGUCUCGAUUUAAUUUUUUUUCUUAUCACUUUCUGGCUCUUUUAUUUCCAAAUAUGCAAUCAUAAUGUAAUCAUAUAUUGUAGCAAUAUUUUAAUCAUUCCCGAGCUUUUUCUUUUCCUCGCCUGUGCUCGCUGCCUUCUUCGAUCCAAGGAUGAUUGUUUUUCUCGGUCGCGUGUCUCUCGGAACGGUUUUUAUUUAUACGUUUGUGAUCCACUACAGCUAAAACCAAAAACAGCCUUUUAGAUGCAAACAGUUCCCCCCCCCCCUGCCUCAGGUUUCUGAUUUUAAGGACUAAAACACGGCAGUUUGCUGAUUCAGGCUUACUUGGUGUUUUUCUGUCUGUGAAAAUGUUCAUGGCUCUACUGGAUUCAGUCCAGUGGUGUGACUUUAGCUUCGUUACAUGGAGUGCCUUUUAACCCAGCGCUGAAGUCCUACAUCAGGAAGUUGGUCCCCUUGAUGGUUUAGUGAACGUUUGAGCCAGAAGAUGCUGGUUUGGUUUAUUUGUGUCUUAAUAUUAGAAAUUGUCGACAUUCCAGCCACUCGGAGGUCCACCUCAUUUUCAACAUCAUGUGACAUUUUGCUGUUUGACGGAAGAAUUUAGCUGCUGAGUUUUAUGGUCGUGAUGUGUUUGGUGCACCUAGGAAGAGUUCGGGGAACUCCCAUCGACACCUUGAAAAGAAAAAUAAAGACCCAAUGUCCCAGUUUGGUUGGGUCCUGGUCCAUUCGGCCUGGACAACUGCACCGCCAUCUACCUCUGGAUGUUUUGUAUUGACCCAGGUCAGUUGGUUUCCAACAUGGGGGCAGUUAGAACCUGCUUUGACAAUCAAAGAUUUAAAAUAAUUGUCUUUAUGCUGUUCAUAGUCUACUGUAAGCAAUGUGGCCACGUGACUCCAAUAAAUAACGUCUACCAGCAGGAGGUUGCUUAGGCUCAUUUAGGUUCAAUUAGGGGUCAUAAUCGGUCAUAUUCUAUUGGAAUCAACUGGGUCCCACUCUGGGAUCAGAACUAAAACAAAUGGGAGUGCAACGUUUUCAGAUAAUCUACAAAUAAACCAUAAAUUACACAUGAUUUGGCUAUUUUUUAUGAUUUUUAUCUGAAAAUGUUUUGAAAAUAUUUGACCUCAACUAAAAAUAUACAAUAUUAAUGCUUUACUGACACAGGGACAAAGUGGUUUAUUCGCGGAUAUGAAACGGACGUCCGAAUAGACAAAAGGCAACGUGUAACUGUUGUUUUUCAGCUUUUCUCUUAAAAAUUCAAUAUUUUCAUGAAUUAGGCGAUCAUAAAAGGUUCAGAUAAUUUGUUUAUUAUAUAAUGCAGAUUUUAUAUUUCACAGUUUCCAUCAAAUGUAUUUCUGACGCCAGUUUGUGCCAGUUGACUGUUGUGAAAUAAGAGCGAUUAUGAACCCUGAUGGAACUAAACUAACAUUCUGCUGGUAGAUACUAUGAAUUAGUCACAUAACCCUGUUACCUACAGACCUUAUAGUUGGCAAAAAAUAAUUACUUUACAUCAUCAGCUGUUGAAGUGGGUACGACUCGACCUGAAGAUGGGUUUGAAAAGAAACGGCGGGUUGAAACAUUCUGUGACCGAUUCCUGAACAAAUGGAACCGCGAAUGUACCAAAAAAAUGCCGAAGGGAUAAAAGACUGAGUGUGAGUAAAACUGGACCAGAACCAAAAAAGAAAAGCAACAUAGAAUCGGAGCCUAACAGAAGCAGAAAUCCACAUCCAUUAGUCCACCAUCACCUGGGUUCAAGGCUCUUCUUCUCUGACCUUUUAUUUCCAGUGGAGCUCAUCGAGUGCUCCACUGAGAUCCAGGAAGAACCCGACAAUGAAUCAGGCUGAUGAACUCCUUCAAAACACAAAAACGGGCCUAAAAUGGAGAAAACUGCAACAAACUGAACCAUGUCUCAGUGCUGUCCUCCAAUAACUACAUACACUUUUUACUUUAAUGUACCUGGUCUUUGUCCACGUCUAGGUGUCUUCUUGGCCUAAAUGAAUGUUACAAGUUGGACUGAAAAAUCUCUGAUUAUUUUGUUCAACAAAAUCCUCAUGAAACCUUUAAAGAAAAAUAAUAAUAAUUUGCCCCUGCAUGUUUACAGAUUUGUCUGAGAAAUGCUUUUUUGUGGAUUUCCUUGAGCACUCUGAUUGGUCAGCUCUGAUCAGGCUCCACCCACCUGAACAUAUGACUGAAAUUCAAUUAAGCUUCAGAAACAGUUAUUUUUUGUACACAAACACUUUAAUAUUUGAGUUUUUCCUAAAUCUGCCACAGAGUCUUUGACACAGAGUCUGAUCUGGUCUAAUCUGAUCUAAUCAAAUUUGGAAUUUAAAGCAAGCAUUUUAUUGGCCUAAAGGUUUGGUAAUGCAAACUAUUGCAGCAUAAGUCAGAAAAUGUAAUAAUACUAAGAGUUACUGAUUCUUUCUUAUAUAUUUGUCUUUAGAUACCACAGAGUAGUUUAAAUUAAUUUAAAACAAUGAUUUGACUGUCGCCGCGUAGGCCCUCCAUUAUGUUUGGGGAGCUCCAACUGCUGUGCAUCUGGUAAGCUGAAGCACCACAGCUUGAUUUAUAAGUUGGAUCAUUUGUUGAAGGAAAAAAACCUGAUGCUGGUUUUAGGUUUUGGUUUUUGCGACGUCUGACAUCCUGAGCUGGUUUCUGAGUACGUUGCUCUCUCUGUGUCCAGAGUUAUGAGGCUUUCUCACCAUUUUAUAACGUGGACCAAUGAAAACACUCCAAAUGCUGGACAUAAAGUCAAUGAUUCAGACAAGCUGUGAAGAAACUUUGAACCUUAAACACAACGAUCUGGCUGCUUGUACAGUUUCUCCCUGGGUGCACCUGAAUGCAUCACGAACCUCUGGUGAGGCAGGUGUGGGAGUCCAAACCAGGACAGAGGCAGGGACGGGGGUGUCCGACUGUACAUACAUGUUUUAUACACGGCGGUCUGAGAGGUGAUUGGUGGUUUUUAUAUCCAAUAAAACGUGUAUAUUUUGAUUCGAGUGUGCAACAGGUCUGAGCCUUACAUUGUGUCACAAAGUAAAAUAAAAUAAAUGAGUUCUUUUUUUUAAACAUAA